GAUCUAGCAUUAAGUCAAAGACUUUAAGACAACUUACUGUAUAUCUUACUAAAUGUAAAAAGAACACAUUUAGCUGAAUGCAUUAUCUAAAACAUAUUAAAAUUUCUCUGAUUCAUUGCAUCACAAUUUAAACAAUUACAUCCUCUUGCAGUGUGUUUAACAUGAGAUGGUUUCUUUUCAAUAAUUCAACAGUAUGUACAAUAUUGUUAGUUAUAAUUUUUAAAGAGGCCUUAACGCGAAAAUAGCCUAAAUGAUAAGGAUUACUAGUUGAUAUGCUGUACCAAGGCUAGUGAAUGUAAAAUUUAGCUGUUAUGGAACACGUAGCAAUUCAUUAUAUAUCGAUUAAUAGGUAUUAUUAAAAACUACCCUCUAACUUUUCUUCUCGUAACAUCAGUAAAAUAAAAACAAGUGAUUUUUAUUAUUUUAUGUUUUCUAUCUAGGAUAGGAUUUCAAAGGUGGAAAUAUGAGACUGUAUACCGUUAGUUAUGUAGCUAGUACGAGCGUUCUAAUUUACCUCGUUUAUUUUAUAUACAAGAACCAGUCUUUGCAAUUCUUUGACAAACGUUUCAGCCAUAGAAACACACCUGAUGAUAAAACUGAAGUUGUAUGGCAAGGUGUAUUUCCACAUGACCGGACACAUGUUGUGCAUGCAGAAAAUAUCAAACCUCUGACUUUAUCAAUAAAAAGAAACAGCUCGUUUGAUUACAAAGCUGCCAUGACGAAACUGAACGAAGCGAGGGUUAGACAGGACGACCCACGAUUAAUAAAGUUGAUAAGGGAUUACUACAUUGAACCGCCAUCAAAAACACCAUAUAACCUCACGAAUCCUGAACAAUUAGAAUUCUCAAACGGACAAACGCCAUUUGUUGACAGCAGGCUAAAUUAUAUGGAGGGUGGAUUUUACAUUGAAUGUGGAGCUUUGACUGGGGAAAAAGGAUCAAACACCCUCUUUCUUGAAAAAGUACGGAAAUGGAAUGGUUUACUUAUAGAGGCAGAUCCAGAAAACUUUAAAGUUUUAAAGACUAAGAACAGAAAGGCCUUUACUAUGCACGCUUGUUUGAAUACAAAACCAUACCCAGCAGUGAUGACGUUUAACAAAGCUUUUAACAGAGGCCGAGUCGUCCACAAUCAAGAAGCCAAGAAUUGGAUCAAGAGACAUAAUAUCACAAAAGAUGAAGUUCUGGUCCAGUGCUUCCCCCUCUAUUCAAUCCUCCUAGCUUUAGGUCAGGUGAACGUUGAUUUUUUAAGUCUAGAUGUAGAAGGAGAUGAGUUAAAUGUUCUGAAGACCAUUCCAUGGGAUAAAGUUUAUAUGAAGAUGUUGACAGUUGAGUAUGUUCAUGAAAUAGGUUCAUCGGGUGAGUUAAAGAAAUAUGUAGAAAAACAAGGGUACGAUUCACUGUUGCAAGUGUCAAAAGGUGGCGGAGGUGUUAACGAUAUCAUUUUUAGAAAGAAAGGGCUGACACAUAAAUAUAUCAUUUGAAAAUGUGUGUAAAUCAAUUUCAUUUGUAUAGGCCAAACAAAAUUAGCAAAGUUGUUGCAUAAUAAUGUAAUGGACAUUGUGAUGAAUAUUUUAAAGCUUAUGUUGGUUGAAGGAAUAAUUUGUAAAAUAUUUGACAUCAUAAUUGUGUGUGCAUGGAAUAUUCUUUUGAAUAUUGACACAUGUAAAGGUAAAAGUCAAGUUGGGAAACCAGCCAUGUGACGGUAGAGGAUAUAUUUCUAAAUAUACAGUUUAAUAAAACAUUAACAAGUUCAGCUAAGCAAUUAUUGUUGAAAAUAUGAUAGAUAA